AUGGUGUGCCGACGUUCAACGACGGUGUCGUGGUGCAUUGGCGUAGUGGUGACAAUCCUUUGGUGGUCCAACGAUGGAGUAGCAAAUAUUGCUGUUAUAUUCGAUGCUAGUAAUACCAACAAACCCGGAUUUCACGAACUCAAUUUGGGUUCCCUUGUUUCCCCCUUACGACCUGGACCAGUGGUAAUCGACCCACCAUCUUCUCCAUGUGACGGCGAGAGAAAGACGAGGUGGCAACCGGUGUUUCUUGGCAGAGGUGAUGGUAAAUGGAUGUUGGAGUGGAGGCAAUAUGUGGAAGGAAGCGGUGGUGUCGGGGUGUUUGAUGGUGGUGGGUCACAACAGGAGGAGGCGGAGAGGCUGCCACAGACGGCUAUGGUGGCCCUCUUCGUUGGUGGAGUGAGAACCAGAGAAAGGGACGACAAAACAAAGGGAAGAAGAGUAGCACUGAAUCACAAAUGUGUGAAGAUGGGUGAUGGCCUUCCUGAUGCUGGGGUUUGGAAUCCAUGGGAUAAGAAGGCGAAGGCUAUGCCUGAUUUUGGAGAUGAUGAAUACAAGCAUAUGCUUUGUGUGGAGGCUGCAGCAGUGGAAUACCCGAUUACAUUGAAACUUGGAGAGGAAUGGAAAGGGAGGCAACAGCUUUUGGUUGUUCAUUCAAGCUACUGUAGUGGGAAGCUUGACCCUCACAUAGUUUGUUAAAGCUGCAGUUGAAGGAAAAUCGGAUGUUUUAACUUUUAACAUCAUCAUGUACAGGGAAGUGGAAAAUAAUGUUUCAGCCAUUGUAAUGGCAAUGGCCAUAGCAAUGCCAAACAGGAGUGGACAAAACAAAAGGCAAAUAUGGAAUGGUUUAAUAGGCAUGGUUGAUAUAAAAAAAAAAAAAAUUAAAAAAAUUGAAGAAAGUAUACAUAGAAGGAUUGAUAUGAGGUCGUGUUGGGUUCAUUAUAUAUUGUGAGUUUUAUCUUUUAUGAUGGUAUAAGGGGACAAUGGUUACAGAAAAUCAAAGGCUUUAAACUUAAACUAGUCAUUUGACAUGAUAAGUUGGAUGGGUAUUUGAAUGUUUAUCAAAUAUGGUUGUUUGAUUACGGUUGUGUUUAACAUUAGCUUGUAGAUGAUAAAAUAAUAGUAUUUGGUAAAAACUAGUUGAUAAACUAGAUAACAAAUGUAAAAUGAUUUAAAAAGAUAUAUUUAGUAUAUUUCGGUCAUACGGG